GCGCCCCUAGGCUAAACCAACUAACAGCUCGACUGCCCCGGAGCUCAAACUUUAAUCGGGCAUGACUACGGACAUCCAGUGACGCAGCAAAAAGGAGGGACGGUACAGCCAGAGAAGAAGUAGCAACAACUCGCAAAACAGGAUCAUUGUUUGUUGAGGUUUUUUCUCUGCAAAAUUUUUGCCAAAAUGAGUGCUUUAGGCUUCACUGAUGCGGAUUUUCAGUGUGCCUGUGAAGAACUUCACACCCCAAAGCUCACGGAGGAGUGGAGUUUUUUUACAGAAUCACACGAUAUCAAAAUUUAUCGCAGUUAUAAUGAGAUUUCUGGCCUCUAUUCCUACAAAGUUUACGGAGAAUUAAGAGAAGUCUUACCAGAAGUGUGUUCAGAUGUUUAUAUGGAUUUGGAAUACAGAAAAAAAUGGGACAGCUAUGUCAAAGAUCUAUAUCAAUUGGAUCGAAGUGAAGAAACAGGAGGGAACAAGAUCAUCUAUUGGAAUGUGAAUUAUCCAAUGAUGAUGUCAAACAGAGAUUAUGUUUACUCUAGAGAACUGCGUGUGGUAGACGACAAUGAUGGCAAUAAAAUUUGGGUGGUUCUCGCCAAAAGUGUUCCAGUUGCCAGUAUUCCUAAGAAGUCUGGUGUGAUACGGGUUGAUGAUUACUUACAGAGCUGUGCUUUGACCACGAAUAAAGCAGGAGGAACCAAAGCAUUUAUGAAGUACUAUGACAAUCCUGGUGGGAUGAUCCCAACAUGGCUCAUCAAUUGGGGAGCAAAGACGGGUGUUCCAUCGUUCCUCACCUCAAUGCAAAAGGCGUGUCGAGGUUAUGCGAAAUACCUCAAGGAGAGAGAAGAAAAGGAACAGGCAGCAGGAAAAUGAUGAAGUGUAUUUAGGAAUGAAAUCUUUGAUUAAUGUUGUUUUAUGCAAGGGAGCCUUACCAUGAGUACAUUCGUAAAUGUUUUGUCUGCAUCGUCUGGGGCUCUGGAGCGCAAACUACUGGUUGGAUUUCUUUCAAGUCAUGUUUUUAUAGAUGCCCAAUGAUCACUCCAGGGAUCACCUCAAAAAGUUAUAUUUUGUUUCUGGAUAUUUCUCAUUUAUAAUUGGUGUAAUGGUAGCAUCAUUCCUACCAGCCCAGUCUAAAGGGAAAUUCACAGAGAAAUUCAAGUAGUGGUUUGUACGCCAGAGCCUGAUGCAGACAAAACAUUCACAAAUGGAGUAUAAGACAUUCCUUUCCAUCAGUAGAAGCAAACCACGAUCUCUAAUAAGUAGUUCUGGAUUCCCUUUUUACCCGUGUCACUUGAUAUUCAUGGCAUGUAUUGUUAUCUAGUGAUUGAAGUAUUUUGUAGAUCAUGGUAUGGUGUUCAAGACCAAUCUUUUCUAGUGUAAGUUUUUUUUCAAUUCCUUUGGCUGUGAGUAGUCCCUGUAAACUAUAUAGCGAUAUGAAGCUAAACUAGAGCCUUUAGUCCAAACAUGUAAAUUGUUAUAAUCCAUCCAGUGUAUAAGUUUGUAGUCAGUAUUGGUAACAAAAAACAUGGCCGCUGGAAGGAAAUUUUGGAAAGUCCUUUUGAAAGCAUGCAAAAUUCCCUUCCAGCGGCCAUGUUUUUUGUUGUUGACGUUUUGAGAGGUGUCUGUACUACUACUGUUCAGAAAAUUCGUGAUAUUUCUUUAAUUAACUAUUAAAAUUAUCGAUUGUUUGUGUUGACAUAUUCAUAAUCUUUGUAUCACCCUUCACAUAAUAAACUUAAUCUUUUAUUCAAAAAAUGUUUUAAAACAUCUUAAUUUGCCUUAAGUCGGUCUGGUUUUUGUUAGUUAGAAUUCUGAGAAUUACAUACUUUUAUUUCUUCAAAAUCAAGGUACUAAAAUUUAAUUUUUCAAAACAUUUCUAUCUGAGCAUUUGCUGCAAUGAUCGGUCCAAUAUCACUUUAGAUUUCAGGAAAAUCUCCACUAAUAAAAAAGUGUGAGCCAAAAAACGUGGUCUGUAAGGUCUUUGGUCUGCGUGGCUGGUCACAAUUGAGUUUUUGCUAUUACUAUUAGCUAUGCAAUUUAUCAAUCGCGGAGAUUGUUCAUUUAUUGGAACAGACAACUCGAAACAAAACGAUUUUACCAGCUUAUUCUGGUCUCAACCUCAAAUAUGUAUCUUUGGUCAAUUGCAAAUAUUUUAUUCCUUUCGGUAUCGGUUACAACUUAUCUCAUAUGAUCCUGAACCUCAAGAAUGUUGGGACAGUCAGAACAUAGGCACUCUUUAUAUUUACAGGUUUUCAUGUAUUUACAGUAGUUUUAGGCAAAUAAAGU